GCAAGCUACACGGUGGGGGUGUGCAUGUACGUGUCUCUUCUAGAGAAAGGUAGUUCCACCGCCUCCAUCGCCGGUUGUGUUCGCAAGAGGCGAACUCAGUUUCCCAGGUGGCGCUGCGGCAGCCAAUCCAAAGUCGGACUUUCAAAACCAACCCGAAGUUUUGAAGCCGGCGGCGGCAGUUGUCACUGGCACAGGUUUGGCGUGGUGGCGCCAGUGUACUACUUCUGGGGAGGUGUCGACCAGGUUCUGGCACCUUCAAUCCCCACCUGAUAUCUGCGUAUCAUCACGGUAUCCCGCUUUUCCCCCAGUUCCCCAAGAGCGUCCUUCCUUUCCCUAGUCACAGGAUCGCAGUUUUGGUCUGAUAGCGCAUCCCCCUACCCCAGUGUUGCAUCCCCACUCCCCUCUUUCCAUCUAACGUGGUGGCCUUUCCUGGGGAUACCUUGGGUAUCCCCCGCUGGGAGAGCAAGCACAAGACACCAGGGAGCCAGACCCCUGCCGCUCCCCUGCCACAGGAUAUGAAUACGGGCCUCAGCUGGUUUGAGCAGCUGGCUGUGCUUCUCAACGCUACUGAUGGAAAUGUGGUCCGGAUUAAGGGACUCUCAGAGCUCAUUGGCCUGUGCAUCUGUUUCUUUUGUAGCAGUGGCUGUAUCCUCUUGGGGUCUCCACCGCAGAAUAGCACUGCUGUCACUCCUACAGUGCUGUGGGAGGAGUCAGAGAUUAUGCAGAAGGAAUUGAAGUUGCUGCAGUACCAGUUGAGAUCUCCAUUCAUGUUGUCCAAUCUAAGCUGCCUCUGCCCACUACCUUCACCAUGUCUGUUUCUUCAUCCAGCUCUUAAUUCAGUCUUCUGGACAGUAACAGUAGCUGGGAUUUAUGGAAGCCAGAUCCCCAGAGGAGCACCCUUUCUAACCUGGAGCCCAGCAUCUUUCAGCUCCAUGCCCAGAGUCUUAAGCAAGAGGACCUAUUCCUUUGGGGCCCCAAAAUGCUCCUGAAUGACCUGUAAGGACUCGUUAAGAAUAGUAGGAUGAAGGCUUCUUUGCCCACCCUCCCCUCCAAGGCCCUGUUUCUGGGCUGCCCGCCCCUACCUUCUUGAAGUAGCUAUUAUCUGUCUUAUCUACUGAGGCUUUUCACUGCCUGCCCAUCCUUGCCCCCCAACUGCAAUAAAAUGGUUUAACCCUC